AUGCUCAUCCGCGAUUUAUGCCUCCCUGAGUCUGCUGACUCGCCGACAUCUUCAGAGAGCACUUGUGAAAGCAUUGCUACUACCCCCGUGGAGGAGAUAGCUACAUCAGAGCAGCGCACGAGCAAAAAUGGGUUUAUUGCCCCGUUCCCCGCCGGCCAAUACUUCCGUCCACCAGAGAUGGCUUAUAGUUUUGGAUACGGCGGCGAUGGUCGCUUCCUUCCUGCGAUUUCAGACUUGCCGCGCCGUCUUGGCCCGGCCGAUAAUAACUUCAACAUAAGGACGUCCCAAGUCUCCCAGAUGCAUGGCAUUCAAAGUACGCCUGUAUUUGGAUACACAGCUUUCGGUGCCCUGCCUGAUUAUGAGCGCAAAUGGCCGCCGGGGGGACCACCUCAUAGGAUGCCAGAGCAAGAGAGACAGCAAUAUCCUAAAGACCCUUUUGACAUUGCACUGCAAAUGGCUUCCCAGCGCUGUAUCAUGGGAAGACAGAAUCCGUUUGGCUGGCCGCCAACUGAUUCCCAGCAGCAUGUUUUCCAGCAACUGCUUCCCAAGAACCCCGGUACACCGAAGCCAGCAGAAAGAAAACAGGCACCGCCUCGGAAACAACCUUCCAAACAGAAGGCUCCCCGGAAGACCACCCCCAAGAAGGCACCCUCCGAAAAAUCGAAACCUCCUAAGAAACAGGUACAGAAGGGAAAAGCCAAAGAGCAGUCGUCCGAAGUUUCACCUCGCCUUGAAAAACGUCCCCAGGAGAUAUUGCAGGAGGGAAGCCCCCAUGAGCUUUCUGAAACUGAAGAUGCGCCCAGUGGGCAGCGUAUGAGCGACGAGGAGUUAGUGGAACGUUACCGGCAAGAGGCAUCCAAGAAGAGGCCAGCAGAUGACGACAGCGAGGACGAUGAAGAGGAAGACGACGAGUCUAGACGCCUUCCAGCCAAUUGCGGGAUCGGGGAGCAUCUGUAUCGUCACCACAUACAUAUCGCCUGUGACCGAUGUGCGUCGACGUUUCCGAACCGAGACGAGCUGCGGGACCAUCUUCGACAGCAGACUCCAUGCAAGGUUUCCGUCCGCAAAGUGGCAGAGGAUGCAGGGUUUGGCAUUGAAACCGAGAAGAGGCUUCGCUCGCGGAAAAAGUUGGAGGGCGACAGCGAGAGCGACAAAUGGGCGCAUAUGUUUCGCAUACUCUUCCCAAGCUACGAAGGCAAGCCAACGCCAUCGCCAAUUGUCGUCGAUGUAGAAGCAGCGAUGUUUGCCCGUGAUCUUGUUGCUGCGAAGCUGCAGGAAGCGGGGGAUUCUUGUACCUCACUCUUUGCGACGGUCCACGAGAGCAUUAUCAAUGCCUUGAACAUGGUGACGGCGGUCGCCGAACAGCAACUGCGACUAAGUGAAGGGUCAGCGGAUGUAGAUUCGGGCGAGGCGCUGGUUUCUGAUGAAACGCAGGCUUUGUACGAGUCAUCCAUGACGAAGCUGGCGGCGUUGGCAGAGGAGUUCGAGGCCGCCAUGGUCUCUCUUCCGUCUUCUGCUGGCGAAGGCCGCUCAAAGAAGCGUCUCAGGAAGGAAGAGUAA